AUAAAUUUAAACAAAUGAUUUUCUUAUGGAGCGUUUUUUACAGUAGCGUAUUAAAAAAGCGCUGGAACUUUACAUAUGUAAACAGUAAUUCUACAAAAAUCUUCUGUAAAGAUAUAGUUCGUUAUACGUCAUUUACAGCACGAGAGUCAUCUUACACCGGGGUGUAAGAUGGAGUUUUCCAGCAGCUUUUCGACCCUCUCCAUUAAAUCCCGUUAUUUGAGUACAGUCUUUAUGCAGAAGUUAUUUCAACCAAAAGAAGCGUUCGUAAAUCUCGCUCACCUAGAAGGAGAACGUAAGGAAGAAGUGUUACAUACGUCGCAGAAACUGUGGGAUCAGUUCGUAUUCCGAGGCAAAACUGGUCCAGUAACCGAAGACGGGUUCAUUCAAAUGAUUAACGAUGACCUUAAGAAGGACAGGAAGAAAUUUGAGGAGAAUAUGCGAAAGGCAUGCAUUGACGACUUAAAAAUCGUCAGUCAGAGUGGAAACGAUUAUUUGACUGAAGAAGAAUUUAUAAAUGCAUACAAGGCCGUUGGUUUCGGAAAUGACGACUGGAAUAAGAAAUUGUUCCAGGCGUUCGAUCCUGUAGAUGGAAAGGUUAACAAUGAUAAAAUUGUUGAAGUGUGGUUUCAGUUCUUGGUCAGUGAAGACAGUUCAAAGAAGGAUGUUGCCUUGGAAUUGUUGGAGAGUUAUCCUGAUUUGUAACGGACAGUGCCAUAAAUAUCUGAACACG